AGCAGUCAUUCUUCCUUUCGAAACCGCUGGACGGUAUCAAGAGUUGAACAUUCAAUCAAUUUAUCCAAUAAACCCCAAUAUCCACCCAUACAACCAUGGCAGCUUCAGACAUCCAGGCCAAGAAGAGCCGCAAGCGCAGCGACUAUGGCUACCACCAAGUCCACCAGACAAGAUGGUUCGACAACGACAUGUACGCCCACCUAAACAAUACCGUCUACACGGCCCUCUUCGACACAAUCGCCAACGCCUAUCUAAUCGAGCACUGUGGUCGAAACCCCUUCAGCGUCAAUAACCCCACACCCACACCCAGCAUCCCCUCCUCCUCCACUGGGCAAGAAUCCACCCUCAACAUCGGCGACGACCAAAUUGGUCUAAUCGUCUCCACACACUGCGACUUCUUCGCCUCGGUCGCUUUCCCGGAUAUACUGGAGGUGGGGCUGCGCGUUGCCAAGUUAGGCUCAUCGAGCGUUACCUGGGAGAUUGGGGUUUUUCGGAAGGGGGAGGAGGAUGUGAAGAUGGUGGGGAGUUAUACUCAUGUUUUUGUUUUGAGGGAGACUAUGCGCGUUGGGAAGGGGGGAAUGGUGAAGCAGGUGAGGGAGGGAUUGGAGAAGUUGCUGAAUUCGCCGGGGGCGAAGCUGUGAUGGGGACGGUAGGUCUGGUGAGGUGUGAUGUGAUAAGAAUUGGAUUGGGUGUACGGAGAUAUAAUGUACAUGUGCAUGAUUUCCGUAUGCAGAUAGUGCCAUAGGGAUAUUCCGAUUUUGAGAUUAAGCAGUCUGGAACCUAAGAUAAAGCUAUAGCUUUCUAGGGCCUAGAUGCGCCCAUUGGGUUGCAUAUCUGCAGGCGUGUCGAGAUACGGUGCAGGAUAGAUUAUGCAUAGAGCUGACCGGGACUGAUGUGAGUAGAUG